CAAGCGCGAGCGCUAGCGCGGCUGCAGCGGGCAGCAUGGCGAGCACGGCCUCGGAGAUCAUCGCCUUUAUGGUUUCCAUCUCGGGCUGGGUGCUGGUGUCCUCCACGCUGCCCACCGACUACUGGAAGGUGUCCACCAUCGACGGCACGGUCAUCACCACCGCCACCUAUUGGGCCAACCUGUGGAAGACGUGCGUGACCGACUCCACGGGCGUCUCCAACUGCAAGGACUUCCCCUCUAUGCUGGCGCUGGACGGUUAUAUCCAGGCAUGUAGAGGACUUAUGAUUGCCGCUGUCAGUCUGGGCUUUUUUGGUUCCAUAUUUGCCCUGUUUGGAAUGAAGUGUACCAAAGUCGGAGGCUCAGAUAAAGCCAAAGCUAAAAUUGCUUGUUUGGCUGGAAUUGUAUUCAUACUGUCAGGGUUGUGCUCAAUGACCGGUUGUUCCCUCUACGCAAACAAAAUCACAACGGAAUUCUUUGAUCCUCUCUAUGUUGAGCAGAAGUAUGAAUUAGGAGCUGCUCUGUUUAUUGGAUGGGCGGGAGCCUCACUCUGCAUAAUUGGUGGUGUCAUAUUUUGCUUUUCAAUAUCUGACAACAACAAAACACCCAGAAUGGGAUACGCAUACAACGGGGCCACAUCUGUCAUGUCUUCUCGGACGAAAUAUCCUGGCGCAGGAGGAGAUCUUAAAACCACAAACCCUUCAAAACAGUUUGAUAAAAACGCUUAUGUCUGAAAGGAAAACCGCUGCGAGCUGUCUUUACCAUAAAAGUGAACUGUUCACAGAUGAUCCCCGCAAGGCCCUCCUGUAAUUCACACUCAAAACUAUUUUUAAAACAUGAAUUUGGAGAAUUUGCUGAUUGUAUGGAUGUAAAUGUUCUUACACAGUUAUAUACUAAUCAUUUUCUGUUGUGGCUUUCUAUAAGAAAAUAAACAGGUUAUUUACAGGA